AUGGCAGAAAUGGCUCAACGUGACACGUCAACGAUAUGUUUGUUCGAUGUUGACGGGACUUUGACAGCCCCUAGAUUGAGUGUCACUUCCGAAAUGACAGAGUAUCUUCAGGAAUUAAAGAAAAAGGUUGUUGUUGGUGUAGUAGGAGGAUCUGAUCUGGCAAAAAUCCAGGAACAGCUUGGUGGCAAUGUGAUCAAGGACUAUGACUACUGUUUCUCGGAGAAUGGUCUAGUGGCUCACAAAGGUGGUGAUUUUCUGGAAAAAACUAGUAUCCAGGAAUUUAUGGGAGAAGAAAAACUACAGAAAUUCAUCAACUAUGCACUCAAAUACAUGUCUGAAAUCACGCUGCCAUGUAAAAGAGGAACUUUUAUUGAGUUUCGUACUGGUCUCAUUAAUGUCUGCCCAGUUGGCCGGAGUUGUUCUCAAGAAGAGCGGAUACAGUUCAAUGACUAUGAUCAGGUUCACAAUAUACGUAAGAAAUUUGUAGCUGAUUUGGAGAAGCAGUUCCCAGAUCUGGGUCUAAAAUUUUCCAUAGGUGGCCAGAUCAGCUUCGAUGUCUUCCCCAUUGGUUGGGAUAAGAGGUUCUGUCUACGAUAUUUGGAGAACGACUUCAAGACAAUUCACUUCUUUGGUGAUAAAACUAUGAAGGGAGGGAAUGAUCAUGAAAUAUUUGAAGACUCGAGAACAAUCGGCCACACAGUCACUAGUCCUGCAGAUACUAUCAAACAGCUCAAUGAAAUAUUUGCAUAAUCUAUCCACUCAUCAAAUCUUGUGGACUUUCUCAGCUUAUUCUCUCACUGUUCUGGAAGUGUUCAAGAUUUACUUUCAUCUUUUAUUAGCUCAAAGCUGCUGGACAAUUAUGCAAUGCCAUGGUUUAUAACAAAGGGUUAAUUGUCGAUAUCAGUAUGAGUUAACCACUGUUUGAAAAAAAUCUACUAACAAAGCUUUUGAUGUAUGUAGAAUGGUAUGGCUUAACUUCUCUCGAACUCUCAAGCUAGCUUAACAGUCAAGGGCUGAUAGUGAUGGUAUAUCACGUUCCUUAGAAGGGGUACCAGGUUGGGGAUUGCAGAUCCAUCCACGGACUGUUUGAUGCCAAAUGAUGUGAUAUGAUGCAAUGUUUAUAACUCGGCUCUCCUGUCUGUUAAAUUUGCUUGAUGUCACCAACUUUGUCAUUCUGAAAACUGCCUUUAGAUCAAAUCAUAGAUUACCUUGCAUGUAGAUUUAGGGAGUCUGACAUGUCUUUUCCAUCUGAUUCUUUGGUGCCAGUGCCUUCCUUAGUGUAUUGUGAUGAUUUCAUUAUGUGCACACCGUCCAUGUGUUGUUUAAAUUUAUGUUACCUGGUACUUACAUGUAGCUGCUGUGCCAGUCGGGUCAUAACUGACGAAUUCCUUACUUACUCUAAACCAUUUUGCUAGAUGUGUUGUCCAAAAUGGUUUGCCGAUGUCCAGUUGCCCUAUCAGUAUCAUAAGUGCCUGUUGUUGGUGUCUUUGGCAUAAACAAUCAUAUUGAGGAUAUGGUGUAACCAAAGGUGCUGUGACACUGGCUAGUGCUGACCCAAAGUUAAGUCGUAUCUUGCUUACAGCUGAGAUUAUGUACGCGUAUGUACUUGCUUCUCGAGUAGUAUUUAUUCGUAAGUUGAGUAAAAUGGUUGAUAAAGGCCAACAUGAAUUCCAUGUCUAACAGUAAUUAUUUUCUAGUUACUUAAGGUUGGAUGACAUGUAAUGGAAAGAAUAUUUUCUUAAAAUAAAACACAUUACUCUUAUCUAUUGUA